UCUUAUCAACAUAUCAACGUCGUGGCGGUUUAUGGAAUAAGCUAAGGAUUUACAUAUUAUCAAUAUCCACGGAGUUAUCAGUUCCGUACGAAGAGUAAAUAGUGCCCUGGUCACGUGUAUUCGAGACAGACCGGAAUAUUGAGACGUCAACCAAAUUUCAUUUUACACCGUCUCACGAAUACCUUUUGUUGGUUUCAUUGACGGUUUACACUGUUGUGACGAUGGACGAAGCUUCUGACAUAAGUUCGCUGACCAAGAUCAGGGUACACGGCCUCAAACGCAAAGCGUCAUCCACCGUCAGACUUAAACAGAAGAAGUUCAAAUCGGAUGAUACGUGUAGUGAACUUUCGAUGACCACAGCUGAGGCCUUCGGUAUCAAAAAAGUCACUGACGAUUUUGACUUGGACGAUUAUCAACCCUCUAUCGGCUCUACCGUCAAGCCCGUCGAGUUUAUAAGAUUAGAUACAUCUCAACUGAAUAGAGAUAAUGGAGUUUUGUUUUCUGAAAAUCUAACAGAUUAUGAAGUUUGGACAUUACAAUGUCCUGAUGAUAUAGAUAUCAACAAUCUACUUUCACAGUCAAUCAGUUUUGAAAAUGUUAAAAAAUUGGAAAUUAAAAACACAAUGUCAGAUAAAGUUGAUUUGAUUCCUUACAGAAGUGAAGAAGGAACAAAUAUUACUAUUGUAACUCCUAGUGAAAGUACUAGCAAUUUAUCCUUGAAUGUGGUUCCUUUAGCUGGGACAUUAAUUAUGUGUAAUCGAGUUAAGAAUGACAAAUUAAGUAACAAUACCUUGCUCCCAGUUGAUACUAUAGAAGAUGCAACGAGAAGAAGAUCAGAAUUAAUGUCAAAAAUUACUAAAAGGCUAUCAAAUAAAUUUGAUUUUAAUUCAAUUGACAAUAAUAGUGUAAAACAAGAGAUUAAGAUAGAAAAAGAAACACCUAAAAAAGUAAAAAAGAAAAAAAAAUUGAUAAAUGAAAAUGAUUUCUCCAUUGAAGCAAUUGUUGUUGGUAUAGUAGAUAUUAAUUAUACAAAUUUUAUACUUUGCAAAAUCCACUAUUUAAGUUCAUUUCAGAAAAAUGAUUCAUAA